CUCUUUAAUGCGUAGGUUACAGGGGUUUUAGGCAGCUUGGGGUUUUUUUUUCCUAUUUUUUCUUGAUCUAAAACAUAUAUGAAUGGAUGACAAGGAGGGACCAAAGCCCGGGGUUGCAGUGAAAGGAGAUGAGGCUCCAGAGGGCUACCACUUUGCGCCCAGAACGGAAAUCCCCACUACAUAUGCGGGGCCCACAAUGCAGGCCGCUUCUGCACCUCCGGCGACCGUAGCUUCGCCGCCGGGACCUAGCACCGGUUCAGAAAUGAAGAAAAAAAGAGGCAGACCAAGAAAAUACGCACCAGAUGGAUCUUUGGCAAUGGCAAUUUCACCGAUACCGAUAUCGUCGUCGAUUCCGCUGAUGGGAGAGUUUUCCCUUUGGAAACGGGGAAGAGGGCGGUCAGUUGACACCAUAAAAAAUUCACAUAAGUAUGAGCUCGAGAGCGGCCCAGGUGACAGAAUCGCAUAUUUUGUGGGGGCAAAUUUCACACCUCAUGUGAUCACUGUUAAUGCUGGUGAGGAUGUUACGAUGAAAGUGAUGUCUUUAUCUCAGCAAGGAGCUCGUGCUAUCUGCAUUCUUUCUGCCAAUGGCACUAUUUCAAAUGUUACCCUUCGUCAGCCGACCUCAUCUGGUGGUACUCUGACAUAUGAGGGACGUUUUGAGAUCCUUUCCUUGUCUGGUUCAUUUAUGCCUACUGAAAAUGGUGGAACAAAGAGUAGAUCUGGUGGGAUGAGUGUUUCUUUGGCAGGAACAGACGGUCGCGUUCUAGGAGGGGGACUUGCUGGUCUGUUGGUAGCUGCUGGUCCAGUGCAGGUUGUUGUGGGCAGUUUCCUCCCAGGUCACCAGCAGGAGCAGAAGCACAAGAAACAGAGAACUGAACCUGCGGCAGCUGUUGUGAGCCCUACAGAAGAAAUUAAGGUGUCCCAUGCUGGAGUAAAGCAAAUUAUCACCUCCCCAUCAUUUCAUGGAGACAGUUCAGGUAACCCUAUCCAGGGCUUUAGAAAUUCUUCUAUCGACGAUAAAUCAUCUUCUGCUGAGGAGGAAUCGAGGGGCCACAGUCUAUCGCAGUGUGAGGUUUCCAGUUGAUAGCAUAUGCAUGCUGGAAGCUGGUUAUGUUCUUUAAUGCGGACACGACACCAUUUAAGCUCCCAAGUCAACCUUGUCCAAAACCAAUAUAAGCUCAUUCGCUUCUUACCAACGGAAAUGUAGGUUUAAAGCCAAGAUGGUUUUAACCCAUAAUUGUACUCUCUUGUUAGGUUUAGGUAGAAUUUCUAGUUGUUAGGAUCAGUCUCUGGCUUUCAUAAUGGUGUAUGGUGUAUUUUUUUAGUGUGGUGUUACUCAUUGAUGUAAAAUUUUAUGAAUGAUUGAAACCUGUGCUAUUCAUCUGAUUGUGUGUCGUGUAUCGAAAUGAUUUGACGUUUAAAUGCAUGUUUUAUUCAU